AUGGCAACUCUACUUUCAAUAUCAGUGUUGGCGGUGGUAGUUCUGCGCUUGUUCUGGACGCUAGCCGCCAAAUUCAACCAUGCCCGAAAAGCCCGCCGAUGGGGAUGUGCCCCAUAUCCAACCUAUCCUAGUGAUCUACUAGGGAUUGGUCUUCUCAAGGAGACCCUGGCGGCAGACAAAGCCGAUGUACUCUGUCCGAUGUUCGAGCGUCGAAUUGCGCACAUCAGCGCGCGCGAAGGACGGCAUGUAGCCACCUUGUCGUGGAUGAGCUUGGGCCGGGAGACGUGCUUCACCAUCGACCCCGAGAACGUACGGGCGGUCUGGGCUACUCAGUUCAAGGACUUCGUCGCCGGCGAUCUGCGAUGGAACGUCUCCCACCAGCUCACAGGCAAGAAUAUCGCUUCUACAGACGGAGCGGAAUGGGCCAGAUACAGGGCUCUCUUGCGCCCACAGUUUUCGCGCAGCCAGAUCAGUGACCUGGAUCUCGAAGAACGCCACGUACAGAAGGUAAUGCUAGCAAUUCCAGUGAUCAACGGAAAGUGGACCGAGCCUGUGGACAUCCAGGAAAUUUUCCAUCGGUUCACCAUUGACUCGUCGACUGAGUUUCUCUUCGGAAAAAGUGUUGAGAGUCAGAUAUCUGCAAUCACUGGUCAAAAGACAGCGGAGGCUGAUUUCGCCCACCAUCUCGACAAGUCCAUGGAAUACAUCGGCAAGCGCGCGCGCUUGGAUAAACUGUACUGGCUGGCCAAUAACCAGGAGUCUCGCUUUUCUGAAAGCGAAGUGCACAAAUAUGUGGACCGAUAUGUGCAGGAUGCUAUCAAAGCCGGUCAAGAAGGAAAGCUCCAGGCAGACCCCGAACGGUCACCUCAGUACAUCCUUCUCCACGCUUUGACGACCGCCACGCAAGACCCGAUUGAGCUCCGCAAUCAGGUUCUCACUUUGCUCCUGGCUGGUCGUGACACGACCGCUUCACUGCUCAGCUGGACGGUCCUGCUUCUCGCCCGCCAUGCAGACGAGUUCCAGAAGCUCCGCCAGGCCGUGCUCGAAGACUUCGGUUCUUACGACAACCCCCACAAUCUCACCUUUGGUGCCCUUAAAUCCUGCAGUCACCUGCGGCAUUGCCUAAACGAGAGCCUUCGCUUGUAUCCAGUCGCACCAUUCAACCGCCGCAUCGCGGUCAGGGACACGACCCUUCCCCGUGGUGGUGGCAGCGACGGCCGACAACCUAUCUUUGUGCGCAAAGGCCAGGCAAUUAUGUUCAGCGCCUACUCCAUGCACCGACGUAGGGAUAUAUGGGGGCCUGAUGCCGAUGAUUUCAGGCCUGGCCGAUGGGAGGCCCGUAAGACAUUGUGGGAGUAUCUUCCUUUCAGUGGGGGACCAAGGAUAUGCCUCGGACAGCAGUUCGCCUUGACGGAGGCGGGCUAUGUCCUUGUUCGGUUGGUGCAGCGGUUUGAUGCGAUGGAAGACGUCAAUGCUGAGACAGAGAUUAAACAAAAGGUGACCUUGACCAGUGCCCCUGCGCAGAGCGUUACUGUUCGGUUGCAUGCACCACGGGCAUGA